AUGACAAUGAGCCCCCCCUCCGCCAUCGACGACGACCUCAUCCCCAAGGUCACGGCCUACGUCGAGGCCUACAUGGCCCGCUACGACCCCUCCCACGACUUCAACCACAUCCGGCGCGUCGUCCGCCUCGCGCAGCACAUCCAGGCCAAGACGCCCCGCGCCGAAGCCGCCGGGCCCGUCGUCCACCUCGCCGCGCUGCUGCACGACGUCGGCGACAACAAGUACCUGCAGCCGGGCCAGGACCCGGCGCGGCUGGUACACGACGUGCUGGCGUCGUUUGGCGCCCCGGAGGAGCUCGCCGCGCGCGUGCAGGCCGUCUGCUCCGGCGUGAGCUACUCGGGCGAGGUCCGGGAUCCCGCCCGCGUGGCCGCGCUGGUGGACGAGCACCCCGAGCUGGCGGUCGUGCAGGACGCCGACCGCCUCGACGCCAUCGGCGCCGUGGGCAUAGGCCGCGCGUUUGCGUUUGGCGGCGCGCGCAACAGGGACAUGGCGCACACGAUGGAGCACUUCGCCGACAAGCUGGUCAGGCUGGAGGGCAUGAUGAAGACGGACGAGGGGAGGCGGCUGGCGCGCGAGAGGACCGAGCGGCUCGAGCGCAUGAUGGAGUGGUGGAAGAUGGAGACUGAGUUUUGA